CUGUUACUCCUAUAAUCCCUUUCCUCAGUGUAUAGACUAAGCACAUUAUGCAUAUUGACUGUGUCCGUACUGGGCAAUAGUGUUAUAGUUACGACGUUACAGCAAUUGAACUACAAAUAACAUAUAAACAAUGGAAAGUAUUGCAAAAUACGACUUUAAAGCGACUGCUCCGGAUGAACUAAGCUUCCGAAAAAGUGACAUACUAAAGGUGCUUAAUCUGGAAGAUGACAGGAACUGGUGCCGAGCUGAAAUUGACGGACGUAUGGGAUUGGUGCCGAAAAACUACAUUGAGCUUAAAGCACAUGAUUGGUACCAUGGUAAGAUCUCCCGUGUUAAAGCAGAACAAUCAUUAAACAAGCCACAUUACCCGGAUGGUGCGUUCCUUAUACGCGAAAGUGAAAGCUCACCUGGAGACUUCUCUCUAUCUGUCAAGUAUGGAUCUGCCGUGCAGCAUUUUAAAGUCCUACGUGAUGGUGCGGGAAAAUAUUUUCUCUGGGUUGUCAAGUUCAGUUCACUGAAUGAACUCAUUAAAUAUCACAGAGAACAAAGUAUUUCGAGAACACAGCAGAUCAUGCUUGUCGAUCUUCCUGUUGAGAACUUCAAAGUGCAAGCAGCCUAUGAUUUCCGCCGCCAAGAACCAGGAGAACUUGAGUUUUGCCAGGGUGACAUCAUCACAGUUACCGAGUGGAUGGAUAAGAACUGGUGGCGAGGAUCUGUGAACAAUUGCACGGGAAUUUUCCCUUCGAACCACGUCAUUGUACCGCCGCAUAUCGCCCAGAAAAUGAGUAAUGAGCCCUGCCAAGUCCCAUAUUAAACCACAGAACAUAAAUACUGGCCCUCCAAUAGACACAGCAUCUUCACUUCGCGGUCUUACUUGCUAAAAAAAUUCACUCUAAACUGCUUAUUAUUCUUAGCAAAAAGCACCAAGUUUGUAUAAUAUGAAGCGCACGCUCCUUUUCUUGUAAUCAAACUGCGAGUCUGUACCCCUUAUAGAAACUCACAGUUUAACUUAUGCUUCGUAUCAUUCCAUGCAUAAUAAAUGGUGGUAUACAGGGAGCUGAUAGCAACCCCUAACUAAAUUUGCGAUGCCAAAUUUAAACCAAUGAAGAAAUUGUCACACAAUUAACAUCUUGACCAGUUUUUUAAACUUUGUAUAAUUUAACCAGCACAAAGAUACUGAAUCUUGCUUAACCUGGCUGUUCAAUCAAUUAGUGUAUGUAGCCUAUUUUGCUAAAUAUUCUGCAGACCUUAAUGAAAUUGUGUUGAAGUCUAGUUUUAACUCUUGCAUGAUUUCGAAUACGAUGUAACAUAUGCCCUUUUUUUCGCUUUUAGUUUUCUUUCAAAUAACUCGAUUUGUGUUGAAACCAAAUAUCUUAACCCCAAUCAAUUUUCAGUUAUAAAAAAAUUUCAAAACUUUGUCUUUCAAAUCCUAUGGGACAUUUUUAUAUCCCCCCAAAAAACAAGGCAAAUUUUUACAUUUUCAGUUUUAAGGUAAUUUCAAAGACAAAUACUCUCACUGCGUAGUUUUGGGUUGAUGCAGUUUGUAUAUAACUUGGUGUGUGUUCGUUUUAAAUUAUCCUCUGUGCACUAACAUUAUUAAAUUUUCUCGUCCGUUGGUGGAA